AUGGCUAAAGGGAAAGGGAAGGGCUCUUCGGGCACAACUGAGAAUGCUCCUACGACGAGCGUCUCAGCGCCCGCUGCGGAGACUACGGUUGCUAUGCCAGAUGAGAGUGCCUUUGCAGGUCUACGACAGAAGAUCGAACAGCGCUUGAAGAACCAGAACCAGAACGCUGGAAAGGGAAAGAAGGACAACACCAAACCUGCUCCUAACAACAAACCCACUCCUAACGCCAAAUCUGCACCUACUCCUGACUUCUCAUCAAAGAAGGGAAAGCAAUCCCCCGCCAAGCCCGCCCGGGCUCAAGACUCUGCGCAAGGGAAAAAGCGUGAUCGCAAUGGCGAGGUGAUCACUCGGGAGGAGAAGAAGGGCGAAUCGAACAAGCCAGGAAAGCCUAAGGGCAGCAAGAAGAGCAAUGCCGACGAAACACUGCGCCAGGAGAUCCUUGCUAUGGGUGGUACGGAAGAAGAUCUUGAUCUUCUUGCUGAUGUCGACUCGGAGUCUGAGGUUGAAGGCGAGUCCGGCAACGCUGAUGAUGAUCUUCGGAAGCAGCUGUCAAGUAUGCUGGAAGCCGCAGGCCACGUUGUGCCCGAGGACCUAGCAGAUGACGAAGUCGAAGAGGUCGAAGCGCAGCCGGAGAGCGAUGUCGAUGAUGUUGAUGUGGAGGAAAGCGAGGACGACGCAGAGAGCAGCGGACCGGAAUCUGACAUUGAGGAAGCUCCUCAGAAGACUAAGGAGCAACAAGGCGUUGUGCCUAAGGAGUAUGCAAAGCUUAACGUUCUUCCCCGGUCCGACUGGUACAAUAUUCCUAUGCCCUCCGUUCCCGACACGAAACAGAUGAACGCCUUGCCCCGACACCUGAUGGAGCGCGUUCAUGAGCUGGCGAACAAAUUGCUAGAGGAGGAAAGUGAAGAGUACGCGGCAGCCCAGAGAGCUUCUGCUUCUUCAUCCCACAAGUUCUACUCGACAAUCAUGGCGUCCGGUACCCUGAGUGAUAAAAUUUCUGCCCUGACACUUAAUGUCCAAGAAUCACCUCUGCACAACACCAAGGCACUUGAAUCCUUGAUUGCCCUCGGAAAGAAGCGAAGCCGUGCGCAAGCAGUCGAAGUUCUGCGCUCAUUGAAGGAUAUGUUCGCGCAGGGUACCUUGCUGCCCAGCGACCGACGGUUGAAGUCUUUCACUAACCAGCCCGGGCUCGUCGCAGCAUUCCAAGGCGCUGGUGGGCGGUGGAAUGUGAAAGACCCUCUGCCGGGUGGUCUGAAGAAGAGCGAGCUGAUCAUAUGGGCCUUCGAAAGUUUCCUCAAGGACCAAUACUUUGAGGUUAUCAAGAUUCUUGAAAUCUGGUGUAAUGACGAGAUUGAGUUCUCACGGAGCCGCGCCGUCAGUUAUGUCUACGAACUUCUCAAGGAAAAACCAGAGCAAGAGACCAAUCUCUUGCGACUUUUGGUUAACAAGCUUGGAGACCCCGGCAAGAAAAUUGCUUCUCGGGCAUCAUAUCUGUUGCUGCAGCUCAUGCAGUCGCAUCCUAUGAUGAAGCCCAUCAUCAUCAAGUCGGUGGAAGAGAUCCUGUUCCGACCUGGCCAAAGCUCGCACGCCAAGUACUACGCCGUCAUCACAUUGAACCAGACUAUCCUGAGGCAGAAGGAAGAGAAGGUCGCUACGCAGCUGCUGGAUAUCUACUUCGGACUCUUCCUUGUUCUCUUGAAGCCCACGCAAAAGGGGAAACCGGCUCCUAAGUAUAAACAGAACAAGCGCGGAAAGGGAUCGAAGGGCAAGGACGACGACGACGCCGCCAAGGGCCAAGCUCAGGAUGAUGAAAUGCGCGAGAAACUGAUCUCUGGUGUCUUGACCGGUGUCAACCGCGCUUAUCCUUUCACUGAUUCCGAUUCCGAGCGCAUGUCCAAGCAUCUUGAUACCCUGUUCCGCAUCACGCAUUCCUCAAAUUUCAACACCAGUAUCCAAGCCCUCAUGCUGAUCCAACAGCUUACGGUGUCUAACAAAGUAUCGGGCGAUCGCUUCUACCGUACUCUAUAUGAGUCCUUGCUUGAUCCGCGUGUUGCCACCUCCUCAAAGCAAUCUCUCUACCUCAACCUCCUGUACAAGUCCCUGAAGAAUGACCUGAACGUCCGCCGGGUUAAGGCGUUCGUCAAGCGUCUUGUCCAGGUUCUUAAUAUGCAUCAACCUUCCUUCAUCUGUGGUGUCUUCUUCAUGAUCCGUGAGCUCGAGAAGACCUUCACAGGCCUCUCCGCUCUAGUUGAUCAGCCGGAGGAGAACGACGAUGACGACGAGGAGGUCUUCCGUGACGUCCUCGACGAGGAUGACGAGCAGCCAGAACCCGCCCCUGUCGCGGAAGUCAAGAAGCAGAACAACGUAUACGACCCUCGCAAGCGAGACCCCGAGCACAGCAAUGCUGACAGGAGCUGUCUUUGGGAGCUGCUUCCUUUCACCUCUCACUUCCACCCAUCCGUCUCUCUCAACGCUGCCAAUCUACUCGAACACAAGCCUAUGAGCGGCAAGCCUGACCUGACUUUGCACACCCUCACCCACUUCCUCGACCGCUUCGUGUACCGCACACCAAAAGCCAGCGCCGCUACCCGCGGUGCUUCUAUCAUGCAGCCCCUUGCUGGUGGCGAAGUCGCUGACCGAUUGGUGGAGGCUGGCAAGAAGGCCCAAAAUCAGCUGCCUCUCAACACCGAGGCCUUCUGGAAGAAGAAGGCCGACGAUGUUGCCGCAGAGGAUGUCUUCUUUCACGAAUACUUCACCCGUGUCAACAAGGACAAGGCGAAUGUGCGUGGCAAGAAGGCCAAGGCCGCCGAUGGCUCCGACGACGAAGGCCUCAGCGACAAUGAGGAUGAGAUCUGGAAGGCUCUCGUCGACUCUCGUCCCGAGCUGGAAGCCGACGAAGACAGCGACGAUGACAUGGACAUGUCUGAUCUGGAGUCUGCCAUGGACGAGGACGAGGACGACGAGGACGAGUCUGACGGCGGUGUCAUCUUCAAUGACGACUCCGACGUCCCGUCUGGCGAGGACGAGGAAAUGGCCGAGCUCAGCGAAGCCGAGGAAGCCGUCCCCUCAGCCAAGACCAAGAAGGCCGCCAAGAAACCCACCAAGGAAGACGAGGAGGAUUCCGACGAUUUCGAUAUGGACGUUUCGGACGACGAGGCCUUUAUCGACAGCGACGAGGACCUGCCUUCCGAUAUCGAGCUGGGUGGAGUCGAGCUCGAAGAGCCUGUCGAGACCGCGGUCCCGGCCGAGUCGGACCGCAAGAAGCGCCGCAAGCUCAAGCAGCUGCCCACUUUCGCUUCUGCGGAGGAUUACGCCGCUCUGCUGGCGGACGAGGACGAGGGAAUGUAA